AGUAUAAAAUGCGAUACAAUGCUUUAAUCGGGAUUCAGUAAUUCAUGUGUGGUGCUUUGAUUUAAAUCGUCAUUUUUCGACAAAGCGUAAAUAUUGUGGAACAAAAAGUACGCUAAUUUAAGCUUUUUUUCGGACGUGGAAACAUGUGUGAAUGGGCUUAAUUACCUUUUUUUCAGUUUUUGUGAAUGACAAAAUAGUUGUGUGUAAUUAAUUUGUAUAUUGUGUUUGAAUACCUCAGUGAAUCAAAAAAUUUAUUAUUGAUACGAUGGCUGACAACCUGCUAACAAUGAUUGAGGGUUCGGAAGCCAGCGGCAUUGGAUUUUCGACCAUUUUUAUUCCGAUUUUAUUUGUAAUUUUGGCUGUAACAGCCAUUCAUGUCUACUAUAAAUCACAAGAAUCAUUUCAACUUGGCAUUCGAAUACCGGGACCCGAACCAAUUCCAAUACUAGGCAAUGCACUGAUGGCUAUAGGAAAAACACCAAAUGAAAUCGUGGAAGAGUGUUUGCGACUGGGUGAAAUAUACGGACAUGUGGUUCGAGGCUUUCUCGGAUACAAUGUGAUUGUCUUUCUAACUGAUCCUCGUGAUGUUGAGCUGAUAUUGAAUAGCAAUGUGCACUUGACUAAAUCCAACGAUUAUCGAUUCUUCAAACCGUGGCUUGGAAAUGGCUUAUUGAUCAGUGACGGAGAACACUGGCGUUCACAUAGAAAGCUGAUAGCUCCAGCUUUUCAUCAAUUAGUUCUGAAAAGUUUUGUCGGUGCAUUCAACCGAAACAGUUGGCGAUUGGUCAAGAGAUUACAAUGUGAAGUCGGUAGCGAAUUUGAUGUGCAUGAUUACAUGAGUGAAGUCACUGUUGACAUUUUAUUAGAAACGGCAAUGGGUCAUCCGAAAACGCAUGACGAUCACGAAGGUUACGAAUAUGCAAUGGCUGUAAUGAAAUUAUGCGAUAUCAUUCAUCGGCGACACCGCACAUUUUAUCUACGGCCGGAUAUCAUAUUCAAUAUGCUGGGUAUAAAAAAAGAGCACGAUUCGCUGGUGAAUACAAUUCAUAGUCUAACGAGCAAGGUGCUAUCGAAUAAGAGCGAACAAAUGCGAAAGUCAUAUGAAGGCGGUCGAAUGCAAAAACCAAUUUACAGUGAUUUGAUCAGUAAAAAAUACUCAAGCGAUUCAACGAUGAUUCAUGAUGACACUGAAGAUCCAUUAAUUGGUGAGAAAAAUCGGCUGGCAUUUUUGGAUUUGAUGCUUGAAUCGACUUACUGUGGUGUAAAAAUCAGUGAAACAGAAAUCAAGGAAGAAGUGGAUACAAUUAUGUUUGAAGGUCAUGACACAACGGCGGUUGGCUCUAGUUUUGUUCUCUGUUUGUUGGCUUGCCAUCCAGACGUGCAGGAGAAAGUGUAUGCGGAGCAACAGCAAAUAUUUGGCAAUUCAAAGCGUUCAGCUACUUUCGCUGAUACACUUCAAAUGAACUACUUGGAGCGAGUUAUUUUCGAAACGCUACGUAUGUAUCCACCAGUGCCAGUCAUCGCAAGAGAAGUAAAAGAAAAUGUUAAAUUGGCAUCAACGCCAUACACAAUUCCGGCUGGUUCCACGGUCGUUAUUGGAACAUUUAGAAUCCACCGAAGGAAAGACAUCUACGAAAAUCCGGACGAAUUCAAUCCGGAUAAUUUCCUGCCGGAACGAACACAAAAUCGCAAUUACUACGGUUUCAUACCGUUUAGUGCGGGACCAAGGAGCUGCGUUGGCCGAAAAUAUGCCGUGCUCAAGCUCAAAAUUUUACUGUCAACCAUUUUGCGCACCUACAAAAUCUAUUCGAGUUGCACGGAAGCCGAUUUCAAACUGCAAGCCGACAUCAUCCUCAAACGAACUGACGGUUUUCGCAUUCGCAUCGAACCAAGAUGAACAUACACACAAUAGAUUAUUACAUCCGAGUUAGAUUGUGGUAUGGUUGCUAUCGUAUUUUAUACUAAGAAAAUAACAGAUCAUUUCGAUUGAAACAAUAAACCACAAUAAAUGAAUGAUUCUUUUGAAAAUUAAA